UCUUGUCCCAUGAAAUUAUGCAGACUGCUUUGUUUUUUGUUGACUUUACCCUUACACGUAAUGAAGAUCACAGGCCUGUACGGUAUGUACAAACGCGUGUUUCCCUUGCUUGCCUACAAUAUAACAUUUUCAUACAACGAUAAAAUGCACGAAACGAAGAGGGACCUUUUCCGAAACGUGGGUAGAUUUAAUAACACCGACGGUACUCUUCGCCUGCUGGAGAUAGGCUGUGGCAGCGGGGCAAACUUCAAGUUUUACCCCCACGGCUGCACAGUGAUCUGCACCGACCCCAACCCACACUUCGAGAAGUACCUGCGGAUGAGCAUGGACGCAAACACGCAUUUGACUUACGACACGUUUAUAGUUACCUCUGGGGAGGACAUGGAGGAGAUAAAGGAUGAGUCACUGGACGUUGUUGUCUGCACCUUGGUUCUCUGUUCUGUCAGCAACGUGCAGCAGGUGUUGCAGGAGGUCCGACGCAUCCUCAAAACAGGUGGCGCCUUCUACUUUUUGGAGCAUGUUGUCUCAGAUCCCUCCUCCUGGACAUACUUCUUUCAGCAUGUGUUUGAGCCUCUGUGGUACUAUCUUGGAGAUGGAUGCAUGGUUACCAGAGCAACAUGGAAAGAUCUAGAGGCAGCUGGUUUUUCUGAACUUCACCUAAAACAUAUUCAGGCUCCUGAGGUUACUCUAAUGAUAAGACCACAUAUCAUGGGAUAUUCCAUUAAAUGAAUGCAGGGGGGAAUGGGCAGACUUUAGUGUGCCUCUUUUGAGCUUCAGAAACUUUUAUAUUAUUUUCACUCUAA